AUGUUCGAUACCGCUGUGACCAAGGUCAGCCAUGUAGCAACUGCCUCCGUCGUUUUCCUCAACCAAUAUGCGAGUACCGCGUGGGCAACAAGGGCGGGAGGUCGUGGUCCCCUUCUUUCAACACUACCAGGAGUAAGCUCUCCCCUGAUACAAGCGUCUCAGUCAACAAGACCGCUCGGGAGUCCUUCUAUCGCUGGUUGGGCUGUACCAGGUAUUUCGACGUCACAUCCAAGCCCAGGCUCGGAACCGGCAACAUACCAAUCUACGCUUAGAGUACAACGAUCAGAGGCAGAGCUCCUCAACAGCGAUACAGAAUGUCUUCCACCGUCAGUCUCGUGGCUUCCAUUAGCCAACCCCGAUCGUAGUAUACUAGAUGUCGAUAUCUUCCAAGCAUCGCAGCAAGUCUUGUCACAUCGACUAGCAGUCCCAAAGUUGAUUUUCGACAACUUUGAAACAGCCCAUAACGACGACGACACUCCGCAGCAUGGACAGAGUCCUGGAUCUUGGUCACAUCCAGCAGAGUCUAGGGUACAAUUCCCGGAGCGACCAGCCAGCGGUAUAGACGAGCAAAUAGCACUUUUACCUGUGGACCAGAGCCCCUUGAACAAGAAAUUACUUAGACUGUACAUCGCAGUUCUCUCCCGUUUCAAAGCCUCUAUCAACGGCGACCCGAGCCCCAACAAUCCUUUUAUACGUCAUUACUCCCCCUUCUGCCUUCAAGAUCCCCUAGUGAUGCGGAUCAUUCUCUAUACCUCAGCCUGCUUCCUCCACGAGACUGGGGAUGUACGGACAGAUGUCCUGCGGACUUACAAAGGCCAAGCCAUCGCUAUGCUCAACGAAAACCUGACCACGGACAGCAGUAAGAGCAUGGUGCCAAACACCACCGCGCUGACCGCAACAGACGCAAACAGUUUAACCACACCGGUAUUUCAAAAGCCCGGAGAUGCGGCCAUCGCCGGCGUCAUUCAGCUCACCGUGGCUGAAUGGUACUGGGGCGAAUCGGAACAGGACCUAAGGUACCACCUCAUGGGCUUGCGAGAUAUGAUCAGAGUGCGCGGUGGCUUCAAUCAGCUCGGCAUGGACGGCCUCUUGGCGAAAAAUGCUAUCGUUCACGAUGUCUCCAUAUCCCUCGCCCACGAAAACAGCCCACUGCUACUGACUCUGUCGCCUUCGGACGACGACCGUAAAGGCGGAGGAAGCGGAUGCAAAGGGUCGACGGGUCCAGCGACAUCAGGAGGAGCGGCAAAUUCAGCACGUCGGGUCUUGGCGAAACCGUACGCCUUCGUCGACCCUAUAAAGGACGUCCCCCUCCGCAUGGCGAAUCUAUCGCCCAUGGUGACACAUCUACCGUGCAGCGGAUCACUCCCGUCUUUCUCCGAUUGCGCCACGAGUCUGCGCAUCCACCCGGCGACGGCCUCGAUACUCGACAAUGUGAAGUACCUUCUAAGCGUCGUCGACGCGAUAUAUGAUGAAUCGACGACAUCAGCAACGACAAACCCAGCCUCGCUGAAGGCCCAAGCGAUGGGGAAGUACAUGUAUGAACAUAUCAGCAGUCUUCACUCAACCAUACCUGGACAUCGCCAAAGUCUGUCCUCAGAUCCCCCGACUCGAACGAAUUCGCCACCAACAAGCAAUUAUUCCGCCGCGUUCGAUAGAGAAUCCAUACGGAGUGAGAGUGUGCCCAGCACAGGUACGGCCGCCGGACCUGGCUCCGUUGGGCCGGGCCGAUCACCUUCGGGCCCGAAUUCCGACUCCACGACAUCCGAAUGGUCGUCAACCAAGUCACAUACCCGAGACGCUAGCGAUUCUCCGACGAGUCCUCGAUCCGCAUACCACCACCAGCAGAGUCCGGACUUCAUGUACCAGGUUAUCCGAAUGACAGCGUUACUCUACACGCGGGCCGUCAUGACCCGGACGCCGCUGAGCGGGACAUGCACGGAAUCAGAAUUUCUGCAGAUCUGGACGACGACAUGGCGUGUACCCCUGUCGACAUGGAACGACACGGUGGGCAUAUUUCACUGGAUAAUGCUGGCUAUCGCGCCGGCAUGCCACCGGACGCCGCAUGCGCGCUUUGUGAAAAAUAUGUUGACGAUUAGCACCCUCACCCUCGGAGUGGAAAACUGGGCAAUGGCUAUGGGUGCCGCGUCGACCGGCAUGCGGCUGCAGCAUUGGCUCGAGGGCCAAGACAUGGGAGAGCAGGAGGAGAGGGAGGAGAGGGAGGAGGAGAGGAGGAGAGGGAUGGAGCGGCAUCCAGCAAGAGGAGGACGGCGCUCCGGGCGCGAAGAGCGGUGA